CUCCCCUUUCUCCCUAUUCCCCUCUCUCCUCCCCCUCUCUCCAUCUCUUCCCUAUUUGUAGCUUUCUCUCUUCUGCCCGUCCGGUCUCUCCUGCAGGAGUCCAGCUGUCCUCAACUCGCUGCUGUGUCCAGUUGCCUGAUCAUGUCUGCUCACUUCUGUUUAGCUCUGCUGGCUCUCUGCUCUCUGACCGCUGCGUCUGACCCAGAUUGUGCAGAGCUGCUCAAACCUCUGGAGGAGCAAAGCCAGGUUUUUGGAAAAUGGAUUUUCCACGUUGGAACAUCAGACAAUGAAGAGUUUCUGAAGAAACUUAAAUUUGUCAAAAGCUCCUGGAUGGAACUCUCACCCAUAGCUGAUAGUGACAAUAUGACCAUGCGCUAUGGAGACAAGGCGUAUGAGAAAUGUAUUUCCGGAGAAGUUAAUACCACCUUCUCAGGAAACAGCUCCAAAGUGACAUUUCAUUUCAACUCCACCACUCACGAGCAUGUUGGGAAAAACCUGAAGACCUGCACUGGGUGCGUCCUGUGGAUCGACAAAAGAGUGAGCACAGAGAAGGGGGAAACCAAACAUGGCCGAAACCUCUUCCUCUUCACAAAGUCUGGGAAGUUGGACGACGCUGAUCUGGAUGUUUUCAAGAAACAAGCUGCAUGCCUCAACUUCCCAGCUGAAUUCCACUUUGGAGAGGCCACAGACCUGUGUCCUGACGAGAAGGAGGCCGCCACAGACGCAAAGGAGGAAGAACACUAGAGAAAACGGAUGUUGAUGUGCGGGUCGUCACCUGCUGUGAACCUCAAAUCCAUCCUGAACAUCUGUUUGAUGAAUCCGUACCACUCACGAGUAUUUAUGACUGUGGCGAGACUAAUUACAGUGUCUAGAAACCUUUUCUGUAUUAAAGAAUGAAUAGACUGAUUCGACAUUUACCAUCCAGUUCAUGAAUCAUGAUGGAAAAGGUUUUUUUUCUUCUGUGCAUAUAAAGUUUGACAAAAAGAA